GAGACGUUCGCUUUUUCGGUCUUUCCGUUUUGUGAUUUCGAGGAUUUAGCGUCCACUGGGCUUGUGAUCGGUUUUUGUUUGCACAGCAUCGCCAAUUGCAAGGCUCUGAACAGUUUCGUGAAAACAGCUCUGAAGAAAGCUUAAUCUGCAAGGAUGGGCAAGGAGAAGAUCCAUAUUAACAUUGUGGUCAUUGGCCACGUGGACUCCGGCAAGUCGACGACCACCGGCCACCUGAUCUACAAAUGCGGCGGCAUCGACAAGCGUACGAUCGAGAAGUUCGAGAAGGAGGCCCAGGAGAUGGGCAAGGGCUCCUUCAAGUACGCCUGGGUGCUGGACAAGCUGAAGGCGGAGCGCGAGCGCGGCAUCACCAUCGACAUCGCCCUGUGGAAGUUCGAGACGGCCAAGUACUAUGUGACCAUCAUCGACGCGCCCGGCCAUAGGGAUUUCAUCAAGAACAUGAUCACCGGAACCUCGCAGGCCGACUGCGCGGUGCUCAUUGUGGCCGCCGGCACCGGAGAGUUCGAGGCCGGAAUCUCCAAGAACGGCCAGACCCGCGAGCACGCCCUCUUGGCCUUCACGCUGGGCGUGAAGCAGCUGAUUGUGGGCGUCAACAAGAUGGACUCCACCGAGCCGCCCUACAGCGAGGCCCGCUACGAGGAGAUCAAGAAGGAGGUGUCCUCGUACAUCAAGAAGAUCGGCUACAACCCGGCCUCGGUGGCCUUCGUGCCCAUCUCCGGCUGGCACGGCGACAACAUGCUGGAGCCCUCCGAGAAGAUGCCCUGGUUCAAGGGGUGGUCCGUGGAGCGCAAGGAGGGCAAGGCGGAGGGCAAGUGCUUGAUCGACGCGCUGGACGCGAUCCUGCCGCCCCAGCGUCCCACCGACAAGCCGCUGCGCCUGCCGCUCCAGGACGUCUACAAGAUCGGAGGCAUCGGCACCGUACCAGUGGGCCGAGUGGAGACUGGUCUCCUCAAGCCAGGCAUGGUCGUCAACUUCGCGCCGGUCAACCUGGUCACCGAGGUGAAGUCGGUGGAGAUGCACCACGAGGCUCUCACCGAGGCGAUGCCCGGCGACAACGUCGGCUUCAACGUGAAGAACGUGUCCGUGAAGGAGCUGCGUCGCGGCUACGUGGCCGGCGAUUCGAAGAACAAUCCCCCCAGGGGAGCAGCUGAUUUCACCGCUCAGGUCAUUGUGCUGAACCAUCCGGGCCAGAUAGCCAACGGCUACACUCCCGUCCUGGAUUGCCACACGGCCCACAUAGCCUGCAAGUUCUCCGAGAUCAAGGAGAAGUGCGACCGCCGUACGGGCAAGACCACCGAGACGGAGCCGAAGGCCAUCAAGUCCGGGGACGCGGCCAUCAUCGUGCUGGUGCCCAGCAAGCCGCUGUGCGUCGAGAGCUUCCAGGAGUUCCCCCCGCUGGGACGGUUCGCUGUGCGCGACAUGCGGCAGACCGUGGCCGUGGGCGUCAUCAAGUCGGUCAACUUUAAAGAGACGACCUCGGGCAAGGUGACAAAAGCCGCUGAGAAGGCACAGAAGAAGAAAUAACUAGGGUGCCAGCAGAACUACAUCACUCGAACCCAACAACAAGAACAACAACAGCAGACGGCUAGAGCAACAGCAACAACAACACCACACAACACACAUGUCCAAAUUAUAAUAUCCACUCGACGAUCAAAAGCAAACCCCAGCUCCGUGGCAACCAAGCCACCAAGUACUACCAAAACCAGCUGCAGGCCGGGGCAGAUACAGAUAUUAUAUGAGAUCGAUCAGAUACUACCCUAUAUGAUAACCACACGUACGAUUAGCGAGGAGAGGAGCAGGAGCAGCAGCUGGGUCGAGGACGCCCAGAAGGAGGAGGAGGCCUUCCAGCCCGCCGGGUCGGUUCUAGUGGCCUUCGCCCUGGUGGUCUACUGCAGCUGUCUGAACUUGUAUCGCCACCGCAAGUCCUUCCGCAGGAAACCACCCACUCGCCACUCGGCGGAGUGGACAGGGUCCCCCGGACUCGGAUCCCGAGCACUGCUGUAGCCUGCCCCUCGACAUAUACUCAUCUACAACUAACCUUACAUUUGAUUAGCAGCCACCACACAUCCGGUCGUGCAUCAUCCACCUGUUUCGAAUGGAUUUUAAACACUUUUUAUACUUUUGAUAAGUCAAGUCGGAGGCAUUCGAUUUAAAAUCUAUUAUACAGCGUAAUUUCCGAAUUUAGUUUUAAACCACGCCUACGCCCCUGAGUCCCCAAAAAUGAAGACUACAUUCGCAAUGAAUUCAAAAUUUCUCUUGAAACCAAAAGACAAAUGCUUAAGAAGUAUUACAAAAAACAAAAGAAAUCAACACAAACAUAAUCAUGCGGUUUUUGAAAACAUUCUAAAUGUUUAAUCGAGCCUCAUUUGCAUUUGCAUACUACACUUACAUACGUUAGCCACAGGUCAUUGCAUUGCCCAUAACCAGCAGAUAUACACGUUACUCUCACUCUCUGAAUUUAUACAAACCGAAAACAAUUGUAGCCGACACCAGAACAGCUCUUGGAUACAGAACAUGUUGCUUGAUACAAGAUCUUUUAAAUGAUGAGCAAAAUAAAGGAAGCUUAACCGUAAAUACCACAGAAUAA